UGCCGCAGCUUGUGCAUUUCGCUGAACCGUCGUUCGCCAGGCCUCAUUCCCCUAUUGUGCGCGCCAGUCUAACACGGUAUCGUAGCCCCGCUGUCGUCAUUUUGAUGCGGCGGUUUCUCUUGUAUGCCUUCCUCAGCCCCUGCACCAAGCUCUGGACUUGGUCUGUACUCGAAUCGCCAGCAAUAUUCCCUGCGCCCUCCAUGUCAUGUCUCCUACGUCUGCCACGCCAGUGCUGUAGGCUGACAACAUAAGCCCACAAUCACCUUCGCACGCGCGAACCUUACAGCUAGAUGACGGCGCAAUUACAACCUCAUGACCUAGACAGGGCGAUGGUACAACGACUUCCGGGCACAUUACCGCCGUAAUGCUCAGAGACCUGCAAUUAUGCUCUCCAGCAGUGAGGUUGCCGGAUCUGAGAAUGUCAGAGCGCGAUACGCGCGAAAUCCUGAGAUUGCCGAACACGCUCGCAACAUUCCAGGACAGUCUCUGAGAACGGAGCCUUUAGCAAAGGACCUGGACAAGGAUCUCCUCCUUGCGGGCUGGGGCCUAAUUCGCUACGACGACGCCAAGGUCAAGCGCGACGUGGAUACUGACAGUGGAUUUUUGGGUGUAUGGGCACCUAAAGUCGAUAUUCCUACCGACUCAAAGACUAAACGCGCAGAGCUCGAUAAGGACCUCCUCCUUGCGGGCUGGGGCCAAAUCCGCUACGAUGACGCCAAGGUCAAGCGCGACGCAAUUGAAUCUAAUCUUUUCGGCUGGUUGAUCGCUGUUGCGGAUUAUGAUGGAGAGGACGCCAACCUCAUCGCUAAGCGUGACACGCUUGAAUCUAACCUUUUCGGCUGGUUGAUCAGUAUCGCGGACUAUUCUGGAGAGGAUACGAAUCUCAUUGCCAAGCGCGAUGCGAUUGAAUCCAACCUUUUCGGCUGGUUGAUCGCCGUCGCAGAUUAUGAUGGAGAGGACGACAACCUCAUCGCUAAGCGCGACACGCUUGAAUCUAACCUUUUCGGCUGGUUGAUCGGCAUUGCGGACUACGACGGAGAGGUUGCCGUUGAAGCAGCUUAAGCGCUCCAGCCUAACAAGUGUUGCGGAUGAAAAUCCGAUGGAUAUGGCCGAGCAUUUGACGAUUGCAGUUGUGGAAGCUUACAAGGCUUUUUGAAUUGAAAUGAGCGCGGCGGGGAUCUCGGAUUUUUCCGGACACGCCGCAAAUGCACGGGAUUAUUUCAAUAUGAGGGCACAAAAAUCAUGAUCUGAAGCAUAGGAGGUGAGGGAGGAAAUAGGAAACUGGGACUUUGGAUGUGUUCUUGUUUCUUUACGGGCAGAAUCAAUAGACUGGGUAGAUGGGAAUACAAACACAUUCAUUUUCCA